CACGAAGCCAGGCAUCUCAACUUUAUUUGUAAUAGCUGCUAUAAGUGCAGCAAUCACAAAAUCCAAUUACAAUACCAAAAUAAUUUCCUGAUACACCGAUACAGUAUUCAAAAAAUGGCGAAGUACAACGCAAUUGCAUUGUUCACAUGCCUGUGCCUUUGCGUUACUAUUUGUUGGGCAGAUAACCAAACCACGAUUUUAACUGGCCAAGCGGCUUUCGGAGAUUACCACAACGACGCCCCCGGAGUGCGACGGAAGAUCACUCCCGCUGACCUUCCCGCCCCCAGCGAAGACCGCUCCAAUCGUUCCUCCAUUGCUCCCCGUCCGGAAGGGGCGUUGCCCAAAGUCCCACCGGGAUUUGUUGUCGAGCAUCUGGCCAGCCUAUCAUUUCCGCGUUUAUUACGCACCGCGCCCAAUGGCGACGUCUUUGUAUCGGAAGGCAACCGACAAAAGAUCACUAUCUUACGCCGUAAUGAUUCAUCUGGCCAGGUGACUAAUUUUACGUACGCGACAGCGGAGAACGGGAUCAACAUGCCGUUUGGAAUUGCGUUCCACCCUCCCGGAGAUACGCCCACUCAUGUGUACAUCGCCAAUCAGGAGAGUAUUAUCCGGUUUAACUAUUCAAAUGGAGAUACAGCGGCCGUGGGUCAGGCGGAAGUAGUGGUGACGGGUAUUCCCGGGCGGGGUCACUGGACGCGAGAUAUUGCCUUUUCUAAAGACGGCCAGGCGAUGUUCGUUGCGGUGGGAUCCUUGAGUAAUGCCCAGGAGAGACCACAGGAUAACGAGACAGACCGGGCAAUGGUCUUGAAGUUUAACGUUGACGGCACCGGAAAGACCCAAUUCGCCACAGGAAUUCGCAAUCCAGUCACUAUUGCGUUCCAUCCCGACACUAAUGUUCUAUGGACCUCCGUCAACGAGCGAGACCGACUGGGCGAUAACCUUGUACCGGACUACAUCACGCGCGUCAACGAAAAUGAAUUUUAUGGUUGGCCCUGGUACUACAUCGGCAACAAUACUGAUCCACGCCACGCGGGGAAAAUCCCAGCCAACGUGUCCACAGUAUCCAUUCCGGAUGUCCUUAUCCAAGCCCACAGUGCGUCCCUGCAGAUGACCUUCUACACCGGUAGCUCAUUUCCCGCGGAGUACAAAAACGAUAUCUUUGCGGCCCAGCAUGGUUCGUGGAAUCGCCAAAGUCGGACCGGCUAUAAGGUCAUCCGCGUGCUGGAAGAAAACGGUGUGCCGAACGGGAUCUACGAGGAUUUUAUGACCAGUUUCGUCACGGAUGCCGGUGAAGUAUGGGGUCGACCGGUCGGCGUGACCGUAGCCAAAGAUGGGUCGCUGUGGGUCUCGGACGACGGAUCGAAUUCAGUGUGGAGAGUAUGGUACAAUAGGACUGUUGAUGAUACUACCACGACAACCGGUAGCCCGGGUGGAAACGCCGCAUCACAUUUUGGUUGUCAUUUUGUUUCGAUGUUUAUUCUCUUUGCCAUUGCCUGCUGGAAAUGUGUGUAGACUGUCAUUUCUUUGGUUCUUUAACAGAUCAUAACGAAGACCA